GGGAGGAGCGUGACCUCCCCGCUGCGUGCCCGCUCCGUCUCCCAAAGCCAACAGCAGAGGAGGCGCAGCGCACUUUAGCAGGUUGAUGAUGAGCGGGGGCGUCAAUGUGAAGUCUGCCCCCCGGGCUCAGACCUCAUCUGGUAUCCCUCUCAAACGCGGCCCGCUGCCCACCUCCCACAAAACAGACCCCCGCCGCCACACCAGUGGCCUCCCUCGGCCCUCUACGCACACUCCCAAACACACGCCCACACACACUCCGACACGAACGCCCACGCACUCGCCCACGCUGUCCGUGCGCGGCUGCGGGGACCCGGAUGCGACCCUGAGAAAUCAGCUCUUCCAGAGGGUGGGAGCGCCACCUGCUCCUCAGGCUUCCCGCCUGGCCCAUGGCAGCCCGCUGACCCCGCACCGGCAGCUGGUGCACCCUAACGACAAGCUGGAUCUGGGAAAGCACACUCCCACACACACCGCAACAAAUACCUCGCACCUACCCCAGAACACCAACCGCAACAACAAAAACCCCUGUUCGAACAGGAUCCAGGCAUGGGGGGCGAGCUGCCUCCCAUCACCGUCGCAGAUGAGGAGGGGCAACAACUCCAGCGCCGCAGCCCAAGAGGACGGAGACGUCCUGCGGGAGAAACGGGAGGUGCUCUCAGUCCCGUCCUCCUUGAUGGCCAAUGAAAACCUUCGCCCACCUUUCGUGCCAGUGACCACUGCCCUCAGCCCACCGGUCAGGGGUCAUAGAGAUUCCACCAGCCAAUCAGACGAGGAGAUGGGGACACCUGAGGACACAAGUCCCACCUCCUCUUCCGAUUCCCUCCUCCCGACUCCCGUCAUGUUGGACCUGCCUUUUUUUUCCAAAGUGAGCAGCGGCAUCCUGGACACCGGUCAACACAACGAGGCCGCGGCCACCGAGACACAGACGCAUCGAGUCAACAUGGCUACCGUGGCUCCAUUCAGGUACAGGCUGCAGGUGGAGAAAAGCGAUUUGUCUGGGGAGGAGCUGAGCGACUGUUCCUCUGGAUCCAUAGAAGUCUGCUGUGAUGACCUAACACCAGGAGGGAUGCUGGGGGCUAAUGUGACUAACAUUAGCAUGAGUGGUAAAUCCAGAGAGCUGGACCUGAGGUCUCCUACGGCGACCUGCCAGGACCCUUCAGCCCGCACCAUGACCUCCAGGAAGAGCUCGGCCAAGCCGUCCGCGCCAACACAGGCAGCCCCCCGUCCGUCUGGGCCAGAGCUGAAGGUCUAUCGGCCCACCUCCGGAUCCAUUCCCAUCCCGAGCCCCAACCCAUCCAGGCUCCGCAAGCAGCACUCGCUCACCAACCUGUCCGUGCUCACGGACGCCGAGAAGAAACUGCACCUCUACCAGUCCCCGACCCAGUGGACAGACGAUAUGGGCCGUCCAAGCGGGGGAGCCAACAAAAUAAACCAGACCAUAGCAGGUUCGGCCGGGGGCGGGAGGGCACCGCUGUCCCGGACUUUAUCCAAGUCAGAGCAGUCUCUGUUUCAGGGGAAGCCCAAACCUUUCUCAUCGCCAGCCGUGACGCCCAACUUGGGCAAGCCCAGUCGUAUCCCGGCUCCUGGUAAGCCACGUGGGCCGUACGCCGAGGUCAAACCCAUUAGCAAGACCUGCUCUGAGUCAGGCCAGAGUCCAGACAUGGACCGCUCCGACCAACCUACAAAACCGAACGGAAAUGGAACUGGGAAUACAGGAAGUAAUGGCAAGAAACUGGGGGAAAAGGGGAAGGCUACAGCUCUCGCCACAGAGGAGAAGAAGGGGUCAAAGGGGAUGGAAGGAGAGGAAGAUAAGGCUUUUCUGAAAGUGGACCCUGAGCUGGUGGUCACAGUUCUAGGAGACUUGGAGCAGCUGCUCUUCAGCCAGAUGUUGGACCCAGAGUCCCAGAGGAAGAGGACGGUGCAAAAUGUUCUUGACCUUCGGCAGAACCUGGAGGAGACGAUGACCAGCCUGAGGGGGGCACAGCUCAGCCACAGCUGCUUGGAGGGAGGCGUGUGCUACGACAGCGAUGAGGCGGCCGCCUUCUCCGUCUCUAGCCUGUCCAAUCGCUCCUCUCCGUUGUCAUGGCGACAGGGUCAAGCCAGCCCCCGUCUGCAGGCUGGCGACGCCCCCUCCACGGGUCACAGCCAGUCACACAGCCCCAUUCUCAUAAGCCACACCUCCCGUAUCCAUCUCAUCGAAGGCCUGGACGACCCCAACCCGGCCCCUCUGAAGGGCGUCUACCUCAGCGACAGCGACCUCGGGGGCAAGAGCCCAAAUGAGGAAGAAGAAGAAGAUGAUGAUGAUGAUGAUGACGAUGACAUCGAUGAUCUGGGUAAUGGCUGGGACGAGAGCAGCUCCAUCAGCAGCGGUUUGAGUGACGGCUCGGACAACCUCAGCUCCGAGGAGUUCAAUACAAGCCCCACCCUCAACUCCCUUCCUACCACCCCCAUUGGCUCCCGCAGAAACUCAGCCAUCGUGCUGCGGACAGACGCAGAGAAGCGCUCGCUGGUGGAGAGCGGUCUGUCCUGGGACAGCGACGACACCAAGCCCGGCCGCAAGAGCCAGGGCGGCGGCGGCGGCGGCGGCUACGACACAGGAAGUCUGAAGACGGAGUCGGCCCAUAAAUGGAGGAAGCCGCGGCGGCAGGGGGAGGGGCUGGAGGGCGGGAAGGCGGAGCUGAAGAGGCCGCAGACGCUGAGCCACACCAAUGCGCUGAAGAAGGGGGGACGCAACCCGCCUGUGGGAGUCACCUCCCCCAUCGCACACACCGCCCCGAGUGGGCUGAAAGUGGCAGGUACUGUCAAAUCUGAUGGGAAACCAGUGGAUAAGUCUCGUCUUGCCGUGAAGACGUCUAGUCUCCAACGUUCUUGUUCUGAUGCAGGUAAAGACCAGCGGAACGGCACAGCUGCGGCCGAGCAGCGUAAACCGCCGUCGGGUCUGGUUCGGCCCUCAACCGGAGGAAACUUUGGCUUCAAGAGACACAACACGUCUGCCGGUAACGCCACAAGCCAGACCAACACGGCAGUGGUCACCACUGUGGGCGGCAGCUCCAUACCUGGCAGCUCCAUACCCGGCAGCUCCGCGACGGUGGGUAAGAUUCCGAAAACAUCCGGGAUCCCUGUCAAACCGGCGGGAGGAGGAGGAGGAGGAGGAGGAGGAGGGCGGAAGACAAGUCUGGACGUUUCGUGUAGUGACCAGAGUAGUUUUCUCUCCCCCAACGCCAGGACAUCGCUCCAGUAUCGCUCUCUGCCUCGCCCAGCCAAGACCAGCACCCUGACGCUGACCCGUCCCAGCUCGGCUCGCCCUGUCAGCACUGCUGUGGAGACAGGUUCUGGACUGACCAAACCCUCCGCCAUGGCGCCACAGGGCUCGCGGCUAAAAGAGCCAUCUUCAGGGCUCGGUUCGGGGACUGGGCUGGGUAAAGCAGGGGGUCGUGGGAUCCCCAGUCCCAGCCCUGUCAAUCAAACGGACAGGGAGAAGGAAAAGGAGAGGGCGAAGGCCAAGGGAGUGGUGUGUGACUCUGAAUGUGGAGGGGGAUCUCUGAAGGCCAGUCCGGCCCAGACCCCCUCAGAGAACGGACCCAAGCUGCAGGGCCUCCGACCCCCCAGCACCGGAAAAACCUCUGAUUUACCCUCGCCUAACACACACAGGUUAUCUGGUCUGCGCAGCCUGGCCAAGCCUCCAUCAAUCGCCCAACUGGAUAAGAUCAACUCCAACAGUGUUGAGACGGGGAUGGGCGUCCAGGAGCCCCUGCCUCCUAAAAUCCUUCCUUAUUCUAAGAUCCAGGACCUGGGUAGCUCGGUGGGGAGCUCCCCGAGCACCUGUCUGACCCCGAGCCCGGCCCCCAUGCUUAAUGUGAACUCCUCAUCCUGCUUCUCCAGCUCCAGGAUAGGGCUGGGUCCCCGACAGGUCUCUUCGCUUGGGGUGGGAGGAGAAAACACCUCCCCCCUGCUUUACCCCCGUCUCUCCGGUCUACACCGCAGCAUGGAGUCCCUCUCCCUCCACAUGAGCCUGGCGCCCCCGGGGCCCCAAGACACGCAGGAGGACAGGGAGAGCAUGGAGAGAGUCUACCCGGACACAGAGCCCCGAGAGCGGGACAGAGUGGAGGACAGAGGCCCCCCUGCCAGCUGGAGCUCUGGAACCCGGACUUCACUGACUUUCACUGACAGUUCCCAGAGAGACAGAAACACACUGCCAAAGAAAGGCCUGAGGUUCAGCGGUGUGUCCCAGUGUGAGGAGGACGGGAAGGAGAGAGGAGAGAGGAGGCACUCCCACACCAUCCUCAGUAUGACCGACUCCCUCACUCCCCCACUGCUGCCCUCACCCACCUCCCUGCCCCGCACCUCCAAGAACAGCACAGCUCCCAGCUCCAUUGCGGGACCUCCCAGGAUGACUCGAUCCAACAGCAUCCCAGCCCAUGACGCCUCCAUGGAGCUGUACGGCACCUCCCCGCUGGGCAGCACGCUGUCCCUGGCCGAACGCCCCCGCAGUAUGGGAAUGGUCCGCUCCGGUUCUUUCAGGGACAGGGAGCCCAAUGACGAGGUUCAUGGCUCUGUUCUCUCGCUGGCAUCCAAUGCCUCAUCCAGUUACUCCUCGGUGAGUUUGACCGGCAUGCAGACUCAGCAAAUCCGCAAGCUGAGGAGAGAGCUGGAGUCGUCGCAGGAGAAGGUUGCUAAUCUGACCACACAGCUGUCCGCAAACGCAAAUCUUGUGGCCGCCUUUGAGCAGAGUCUGGCCCUGAUGACCACCCGGCUGCAGAGUUUGUCAGUUAGCCAUGAGCAAAAGUGGUUCGGCCUGGAUUCGCCUUGUCGCGAAAGUGGCGAGAUGUCUCCUUCGAGACUGCCGGCCGGAGAGAUGCAGUUGGCGAACACAUGCAGUACGAAGGACACUGAACUGUUGGACCUGAGAGAGACAAUCGAGGCUCUGAAGGCCAGAAAUGAAGAAGCCCAAAUGGUCAUUCAAGGAGCACUCAACCACCCAGACAACAUGAAAGAUCUGCGUAUGCGUCGUCAGAACUCGUGUGAGAGCAUCUCCAGUCUGAAUAGCCUGAACAGUCUGUCCAGCGUCGGCAGCCUGAAGGAUCAGGAUGCCAAGAAGAAGAAGAAAAAGAGCUGGCUGAGGAGCUCCUUCAACAAAGCUUUUAGCAUCAAGAAGGGAUCCAAAACGUACUCGGACAUCGAGGAGAUCGCCACCCCCGACUCCUCCGCUCCCAACUCCCCAAAGAUGCCCCACGAGGGGGGAGAAGGAGGGGAAACUCAGCCUGCCUCCCUCCAAACCUCCAUGUCUGGGACCUCCUCUGUGAUAAUGGAGAGCACGGAGGAGACGGAGGAGAACGAGGAGCAGGUGGUGUCAGAGCUGCGAUCUGAACUGUGGGAGAAAGAGAGGAAGUUGACGGACAUCCGACUGGAGGCCUUAAACUCCGCCCAUCAGCUCGAGCAGCUCCGAGAGGCCAUGAACAAUAUGCAGUCAACGGUGGAGAACCUGAAGGCAGAGAACGACCAUCUGAAAACAGGAAGCAGUCUCCAGCUGUCCGGCAGCGGUCCAACCUCGUCCACCUCGCAGCCGUCAGGACUGUCCUGUCUGCUGGGAGCCGCGACCCGGCAGCCCGCCAACACAUCGCUCAGCAAGUCCUUCAGCCUCAGUCUCAACGACUGCAAAGAUCCAGAUGUGUCUCCUUGCGACACGCUGGCCUCCUCCACACACAGAGAUGAAACCAGUGUGCAGGUGUUGGUGCGCAUCGCAGACAAGGUCAAGGAGAGUAAGCGGCAACAAGACUACUAUCUGGGUUCAGUGUGUGUUAGUGGGAAGACCGAUUGGACCGUUCUGGACUCACUCAUUGCCAAGACCUUCAGAGAAUACUUAACCCAGGUGGACCCGACGGCCAGCCUCGGUCUGAACGGCGACUCUCUGCACGGCUACCAGUUGAACCAGGGAGGCCUGAGGGUGAUUGGAGGAGACAAGCCCCCGACCGCCCCCUCCCGAUGUCUGGACGUCGGUCCAGCUCGCAUUUUGGUCACUUUGAAAGAUCUCAGAGAGAAAUGUGUGGACUCUCUGGUGUUUGAGACUCUCAUCCCCAAGCCCAUGAUGCAGCAUUACAUCAGUCUGCUGCUGAAGCACCGGCGUCUGGUUCUGUCGGGCCCCAGUGGGACGGGGAAGAGCUACCUGGCCCAGCACCUGGCCCGAUACCUGCUGCAACGCAGCCAGCCCGGCUCACCUGAUGCUGACCAUCAGCCCUCGCUCCCGGGUCACAGCACCAUUGUCACCUUCAACAUGCACCGCCAGUCGCACAAGGAGCUGCAGUCAUAUUUGUCCAACCUGGCCAAUCAGAUUGACCAUGAGAGUGGUGGAGAGCUGCCAUUGGUUGUCAUCCUUGAUGACAUCAGCGAAGCGGUGGCCAUCAGCGAGCUGGUCAAUGGCGCGCUUACCUGCAAAUAUCACAAAUGCCCCUACAUCAUCGGAACAACCAACCAGCCUGUCAAGAUGACAUCCAAUCACGGACUGCACCUUAGCUUCAGGAUGGUGAUGUUCUCCAACAACGUGGAGCCGGCAAACGGGUUUCUCCUGAGGUAUUUACACCGUAAGGCGGUGGAAGCCCAGCAACAGCAGCGGGACCCAGCGGGACGCCAAGCACUGCUUUAUGUUCUGGACUGGGUCCCGAAACUUUGGUACCAUCUCCACACCUUCCUGGAGAAACACAGCACUUCGGACUUCCUCAUAGGUCCCUGCUUCUUCCUGUCGUGUCCAGUGACCGUGAUGGAGUUCAGGCCGUGGUUCAUCGAUCUGUGGAACCACUCCAUCAUACCCUACCUGCAGGAGGGAGCCAAGGACGGCAUCAAGGUCCAUGGGCAGAAGGCGGUGUGGGAGGACCCAGUGGAAUGGGUGAGGGGGACUCUGCCAUGGCCCAAUGCCCAACAAGACCAGUCCAGGCUCUUUCACCUUCCUCCCCCCAGCACCGGCCCACUCAGUGAGGAAAAGAAACCCCCAAAAGACACUCCUCCACCCAGCACACUGGAGUCUGACCCACUGAUGGCCAUGCUGCUGAAGCUCCAGGAGUCAGCCAACUACAUUGAGUCUCCGGAGCGGGAGGCCAGUCUGGACACUGGUCUCCAGCCUUCUCUCUGAAUACAGCCUCUUGUUAGGCUCUUAGUCUAACCGCACAGCUUCUUCAUCCAUCACUCGAGCCGUGGGACCAUCAGUCUCCUAUUAUGGUUGACCUCGGCUAACAGAGAGAUGGGGUGCAAUCCAAAUGAGAACUUACAGCAAAAGCAAAAAUGAACUAACAGCGUGCACAACGAGCAGUUGGGAGACUAAACACACAGAACAUAAAGACCUACAAAACAAGUGAUUCUGGAAAUGGGAUGUGGUCUUUUCCACGAUCAGAAUAUUAGGCAAAACAAUAUAAAACUGCUUUCUUAAGAAGUCUUAGUAGUGAUAAUGUCAAGAAAAAUAUUGAUUUGUCCAUCAACUUCCAGAAGGGGUUGUUAUUACAAAUGCAUGGUUACUAGAAGAGCAUGAGGCUCAACUGAUUUUACUAUCCCUUCAGUCCACACCCAUCCUUUUCUCAUGUUAACUACCAUACCACCUAUUCAGGAUUGGUGCUGGGUGAAUUUCUACUAAAUCACAAAUGCUUCAUUUGACCAAGAAAAUUACCUCAAAUGCAAAUUUUAACAGCAUCCGAUUUCCCCUCAAGUGGGACCGCCACUAGACGGCAGCCAAAAAUGCACUUUAUUUUCUACUUGUCUCAAUUGGAUUUGGAGGGCUGUGUCAGUGACUGAGUCAGUGGUCUAAACGUGUAGUUCACUCAAGUCCACCAGAUGGCAGCGUUUACUGAUCACUGCUCCUGUGCUCUUCCGGUGAUUAAUUAAAGGUGCUUUGUGGAAUACCACUUACACACACGUGCUAAUAUGAAAAUGCAAUUCCUGCCAUUACGUCAUCCAGUAAUAUUUAUCAAACGCAUCAGAUAUUGGAACUGUGAAUUUGCGAGUAGCUAUAGCAAUGACAUGCAUGGGUGAGUAAUUCAUCGGUUUUAGGGUGGAGCUAGAAAUGCUCUGUCAUUUAAAAGUCCUUUCGGCUGUCGGUGGUUCGUUCCAGUAAUGUAAACCCAUAACCACAGAUGCGUUGAACCCCAGCAAGCCACCUACAUCACGUUGGCACCAGACAUUCCUUUACUGACCCGUCGGUGGACUGUGUGAACCCACAGGCUGUGAUGGUGUGAACAGACAUCAACAGCAAAUUUGUCAGCACACAACAGAUAAAAAUGUUCUGUUCCUCUAGUCAGCCAACACGGUCGACCAGUCCUGGCUAUGCUUGCUGACAUUCUGUGCCAAGACGCUGGUUUAAACACCUACGAAAUCCCCUUGUGAUGGAGGAAGAGCAGGCAAUGUUGAAAACUUGCUGUUUCUUUGUAGGAUUUUGUACUAAUUCCUCCUAACUGGCCAUCUGUAUGCAGUAACUCUCGCCCCUACAUAAGACUGAAUCUGAUCGACACCCUCAGAGACAUCUUUACUGAGGGCGUCAUGCUUCCAUCAUCUCUCACGUACCAUGAACACCAAUGAAGAACUGGCGUCCGACUGAGUAAAAACCUAUUUUAGUACUUCCCAGUAAUAAUAUCAUAUCUAACAAUUAGUGCCGAUAUUGCUUUGUUGAAUUGGUUUAAUUUUCCCAUCAUGCACCACUUUUCAGGAGUCAGGAAACAAGUGCCAUCUAGGUGCUAUGCCAUUGUCCCGGCGGCCCAGUAUUCCGAAACCCCAAUAGCCUGAAAAAUGUCCCCAUUGGACCAAAAGCCCAUGUGUCCAACAGCCCGUUAUCCCGAAAACAAAAUCCCACUGCUCCAAAAAUACACGCCGCCUGCGGUUGUUAGUUCAGCGACUGCCGGUGUUGUGUGGAAUUCUGUUUCCCUCUAUUCAGAGUUCGACACAACACCGACCGCUAACCUUGUUUCCGUUGGGGGAAACGCAAUUCGAAUCCGGCAAUUUGAAAGUUGCAUCCGGUCUCGUUGAUCUGAACUGGCCAGAGGUAAACACAAUAAAGUCGAUAUCUCUACCGAAGUCGAGAUAUUCUCAUAAGCGCUUUUAACGUUACGCCUCCUAUUCAUGCGAAGUAGUCAGAAUACACUAUGACAUUGUCACAAUCACGGAUGACUAGACUCGCUAGCCUUUGGCUAACGGGCCGGGCCCUUUAGUCGACUGGUUAACACAGUCGCCCGUGGUGCGGGAGGCCCGGGUUCGCGUCCC